AUGAAGACCCUGGAGAGACUCAUCCUGGAACAGCUGAGGCCGACGGUGAGGCAUCUCUUGGACCUGCUCCAGUUCACCUACCAGACAGGAGAGCACUGUGAAGGUCAUGGUUUUUGACUUCUUUUUUUACUCCAUCAGACCAGCUCUACUGAGUGAGAAGCUGACAGCUAUGCAGGUGGAGGCUCCUCUCAUGUCCUGGAUUAUUGACUACUUGACUGGCAAACCACAAUUUGUACACUUACAACCCUGUGUGUCAGACAUCAGCAACACUGAGGCCUUGCAGGGGACAGUCCUGUCUCCUUUCCUCCUCACCCUCUACACCAUGAGUUCAACUACAACACAGAGUCCUGCUCCUUUCAGAAGUUCUCUGAUGCCUCUGCAGUAGUUGGAUGCAUCAGGACUGGUUUUAUACUCUUCAGACUGGGAGUGUCUCUAAGGUGUGAGGAGAGAAAGGAGGGGGUCCUGAUCUCCAGCUGUAACUUCCUGAAAGGAGACUUUCAAGAGUCCUGAUUGUUUGAUCCAAUUUAUGCUUUAGCUAGUAAAGGAGUCAGAUCAAAUAUUCACUCACUAUGAUUAAUGUUAAAGAAUGUUUUGUUCAUAAUAAAGGAUUUGAUGCUCAACACAUAUAAAGAAUUGUAGAAUCACAUUAACAAACAUUCUCAUUAUGCUUUAAGUAUCACUUUUCGAAGAACAUUGAUCAUGUUAAAUUACUCUGAAAUGAAACAGAUAGUAACACAUAGAAACUGUGAAUAAUACAAGGGUAAACACAUGUAAAUGGACUUCAUAACAGUUAUUAAUGGAUUCUACAAACCAACAUUCUGAUUAUUAACUAACAGUUUAACUACCUAAUGGUUAAUAAAGAUAAACAAAUGAUUAAGAGAUAAACUAAACAUUUCUACACUAUUCCUGCUAGAAUAGGGUUGUAAUUCAAACAUAAUAUCUUCAGCUCUUAAAAGUUCAUGAAACAGUUUGAAAAGCUGUUGAUCUCAAGGAACUUUAAGACUGAAGGAUUUAUUCUUUCAGUGUGAGAUCUUGGCUUAUGAACAUGAUAGGCAAAUGGGACAAAGACUGUUUUACUGCACAUGUUGAGUACUGACAGAAAAUCAUGGCAUAGUGUCAAUUCCCCCUGUAUUUGGACUAGUUGUAGUUAUUCUCUUUGGAUUGUACUCACAGAGAGCUCGGGAAAGAUCAACCAAAUGUGGGAUUUAUGGCUGAGCUGAUAAACCUGACGCUUCCCAGACAAGGUGUGAUGCCAGAUGUUUAUGAUUAAGUGGUCCUGCAGUUCUUUCCUGCUGGCCAUAAACAGUGUCUUUGUCUCUUUGAAGUAGAAAGGAUAGAAAGUUUGUGUUUUGGGAAGGCUUAUUUGGUUACCUUGUAUAGAGACAGGAGGUUGUAGGAGGAUUGUGAUUUGGUGUUAAAGGUUUACACCAUCUUGUCUCCAGUGAGCAGAUAUAAGCCUUACAUUCUUUCUGGGGGUUGGGAUGUGAAAGUGGUCGGCUCCAUUACAUGAGCUAGCUGUGCAAUAUCCUGUUUGGCUAUACAAUACUAUACAAUUUCUAAUAUUCUGCACUUUUUUUUACAAACAAUUGCGAUUUCAAUUUUGUUCUUAUUAAUUUCUAUUCUCCUUAAUAUUCCCAUUUUCAAGAGCAUGUGUAAGGAUGUAAUAACCAAAUUUCCUCACUGGAGAUAAAUCAAGUAUUCUGAUUCUAAGGUCAUAAACAUCAACAUUCAUUCAAACUGUACAACAGGGUGAUGUCUAGUGCUCAUUGAAUGAACAACAUAAACUAGUGAUUUAUUAACAAAUUGUUGAAGUGAAGUGUUUACUCUGUUGUUCUGUCUGCUGCAACUACUUGUGUUCACACAGGAGGAGACCACAAUAUUUCUAAACCAUCUCUGCGGCGUUGUCUUGUAAAAUGAUAUUUGGCGCAAGAGGUUUGAGAACUUAAGCAAAAUCCCUGUCUCUGUAAUUCACAUGCUGUUGUGGCUGCUCAGAAACAUGUUACAGAGUGGAUUAAUUUAAGUGUUGAAAUGAAAUAAAGUUAUAAUUUUCAAGUGUUCUGUAAAAGUCAUCUCUGGGUGCAGAGAGAAAAGUUUUAAAGCAUGAGUUUUCCACACUUAUCAGUCUUACAUGCAUACACCUAGAUAGCUAAAUAUUAACUAAUGAUCCCUUAAUCUUUUAAAUCAUCAGAUAAUUUGCAAACAUUUGUAUGGGUGUAUAGAUGGAUCCUAUUCUACCAAGGACAACAGAAAUGGGAUGAAGAAGUUUAUGAUAAAGCUGUUUUAGGUCUUUUUUGUGAGAGUGUCUUUUGGUUCUUAUUUGAAACUCUUUCUGUUGUCAGUCAUUGCAGGCUAACUUAAGAAAUGACUGAGUAGUCCCCAUCCCCUGUUUACAGCUCUAGUAUUUUUGUAUUUUAUCCACCACACUGAGGUGGAGGAGAAGCAUCACCAAAAAUGCUGCUGAGUGAAGGGCUGAGCUAUUGAUGAACAAAUGAAGUUAACAAGCGUCUCUGUAUGGGAUAAGGUAGAUUCAUCUAAGCUAUAGUUCACUGCGGAGGGAGCACCUAAAAGUAAUUUGCUGUUAUUUUAUAACUCCAUGAUAGGGCAGAAAAGGACAACCUAAGUUGUAAAAUCCAGGGUUCAAACUUUAGCUUCAGCUUCCACUCAAGCCUCCACCUCUGUCAGACAUAUCAGUUCAUUUUACAAAUGUCCAUUUCCCACACAGGUAUACAUAUCUACAUACAUGUGCUCUGACACAUAUGUGACGGAUAAGCUUCUGAGUUUUUCUGAAUAAUCUAUAUUUGGUCUGACCCACAUGGGUGAACAGGUAUAAAAACCUGAAGGGGACACCUCAGCAGCACAAGUCCACACAGAGGAUCCAAGGUGAGUGCUGCUGUAAACAGAGAGACGUGAACCUUCUGUCAGUGUUUGAAUACUUCAGACUCUCUCUGAGGGAUCAGAGUCUGAGUCCUGUCUGUGUCCUCCUGCAGGUCUGCUGGGAUGGCUCGCAUGUCUCUUUUCAGGUUCUCCGCUCUGGCUCUGCUGCUGCUGUCUGCCUGCUGUUGGGCUGACAAUGAGGUAGGAUCAGAGUGUAGAGGGACCUAAAGACAGUGACAGUCUUUAAUAAAAUAUAACCACAAACUAAGUAUAACUACAAUCACUGUAUGUCCAUAUUUUUUUAUGAUGUUGAUUGUCAAUACAACACAUCAUUAUUUAAUAUCUAAUGUUGAUAUAUUUUUCAAUCACUCAACAUUCCUCUGCACUCCUCACCAUUACCCGACUGCCUAAAAUAGUCUUGUAUAUAUAAUCAAUUUAUCAUUAUUUAUACAGCCCCAAUUCACAACAAGUGUUAUCUGCAAAAAUCCAAUGUAAAGACGGGAUCAGAUUGAGCCCCAUCCUGUAAGAUCAGACCCACUCCCAUCCCAUCUUUAACCUCAUGAGUGAAACACUUUACAGCAUUCAAGAGUUACAGUGGAGAGGGAAAACUUCCUUUAACAGGCAGAAACCAUAUGUAAGCCUGAACAUGUUUGUGUAAUAUUUCAUGUUUAAUGUUUGUCAAUUUCCUCGUCUGUGUAACAUACUUGGCCAAUAAAGCUGAUGCUGGUUCUAAACAAAUGAAAGGCCUCCUCUUUGUCUGCGGCUGAUUACUUAAGCCAGCCUCAGUUAUUGAGCUUCAAUGUGCAUUUUUAUCAGCAUUACACAAUCUUGAGGGUGAAUCUUUAAACUUGUUUACAUUUAGUAUGUUAUUUUUGUUCAUUUCUUAAUCUGUUUGUUUUUCCUCCUCUGACCACACGCUGACUCUGCAGGCAGGUAUGUACUUAGUUUUACCAAUCGUCAGCCUUUUACAUCAGCCUGUACUCUGUUAUGGCGGCUAUGUUUGUAAAAAACUGAAACUGUGAUAUUAUUGCUGCGGUCACAUUGCAGAGGAGGACUCAGAGCUCUCUGUCUCUGAGCUUCUGGAGAGAGCCAACAGUAAUCUGGGUGAGUGUGAGCUGUUUUUCUCCUGAUCGUUUUUUUUUUCAAUCACCAAAACAGGUUUUAAAGUUGCUGUGUGAUGUGUUUCAGUCCGUUCUGUUGAUGAGCCCACCCUGAUCGAAGGGGACAUUGCCAUUGACUCAGAGGACGAGAGAAACGCUGAUCCCUGCACCAGCCGUGGCUGCUUGUGGGGCAAGUGGACUGAUGGGAACGUCUACAUCCCUUAUUACAUCACCAACCACUUCUGUAAGUGUCACUAACAGAGACACAUACAGGCUCAGGUAUUUUCCCAUAAGAUACAAUGAAGGGGAAAAAAGUUGGUCCAAAAUACAAAACAAAUAAAUAAUUCCAGACUGAAGAGGUGCUAUUUCUCUCCUUGCACAAACUUUUUGUUAAACAGGUCUUCUCUGUUCUUCUCUUAUUUCCUCUGCAAAUUCUUCUAGUCAACUUUACACAAUCAAGUCUUGAAUAAACCAAAACUGGGGCUUCAAAUGGUUCAAAUGCAUACAUCUAAAUCUAGCCCACCUGUGAAUUACCCUUUUUUUACUUAUACCACUUGAAAGAGUUGUUUGCAGUAACAAUCACAAACAUUUUAUUAAUUAUGCAGCUCUUCUAGAGACAAUAUGCUGUGUAAAGAGUAAGAGUUAUGUGUUGUCAACCCUCCAGCCUCUCGUGAGAAGGCCAUCAUCACCCGUGGACUGGAGUCCUUCUCCUCCUUCUCCUGCAUCCGCUUCAGGCCCAGCAGAAGCAGCGACCGUGACUGGCUGAGCAUCGAGUCCCAGAAUGGGUAAUGAAAAAAUAAAUAAAAGGAAUCAACUUUAUUUCUGUGACACUUUUCUGAAACUACAGUCCCCUGAAACCCCUCUGUGUCUCUGUUCAGCUGCUACUCCUUUGUUGGCCGUCGUGGUAGAAAGCAGGUGGUGUCUCUGGCUCGUCGUGGUUGUCUCUACCAUGGCACCGUCCAGCAUGAGCUGCUCCACGCUCUGGGAUUCAACCAUGAGCAGACUCGCUCUGACAGGGACAACCACAUAAAAGUCCUGCUGCAAAACGUGCACAAAGGUAAAGAGACUGUUGUCCAUGUAGGUUUAUCAUAAGUGCCCACAGAUACAUGAGUAAUAAACCAAAUAGCAUUAUCAAAUCAUAAAAUCCAACAACUUUUUCAGUGCACUGAUUGUUAAAACAGAUAUGUCUGAGCGUUAUGAAGGUUCCUGGCUUUUGCUCUGAGUUAACACUGUUGAGGUCAAGUCAUGACUUUCACUGAACUUUUUUUCAAUCAGGACCACUGACAGACAAAAUAGCUUCUUAAAACCGAAGCCAUUUCCAAAAGCUUCAGUCAAUGUUAUCAUAUCAAUCGAUGUCACAUAUUAGCAUGCUAACACACGAAAUGAUAACACUUAUGGUGACCAUAAUACUCUUGCUUUGGCAUAGAGCAGGGUUUUUUUCCUGCUCUGCUGAUACUGUACACUUUCUUCGACUGUGCAGGUAAAGAGGAGCUGUGUACAAUAAUUUGCAGAAUCACUGGAUCUAUGAAGGGAUGAAACCAUGGGCUAAUGUUAAGUAUCUAGCCUCUCUUAAAUAGUAAUGGUGGAGGUACUGAAAGUCCUCAGAUCCAGGAGGAAGGAGCUCAAUGGUGGCUCUCUGGUGCCCCCAUCUGGAGGGAGUUCCUCUGUCAUACUAUCAGAAAAAAAAGGAUACAUGGAACAGAAACCUCUUAAGACUGCAGGUUUCUGAGUAUAAUGACAUUGGUUCACUAAACAUUUCUGUUGCCCUUCUGUCUAAAGUCAGAGUGACUUUGUACCAAACCCCGAUUUAACGUCACUCUUACUGUUUUCUAGAUAAGCAGCACAACUUCAGGAAGAUUGCUACUCUGAACCAGGGGACAUCCUACGACUACAACUCCGUCAUGCAGUACCACAAGUGAGACAGACUGGUUUCACAUCAGCCUUGCUGUUUGUCAUUAAACAACAGUGUGCUCUUUCUGCCUGAGUUUAGUCUAACUGCUCUCUGCCCUGCUGUAGGUAUGCUUUCUCCAAGAACAACAAGCCCACCAUGCUCCCCAUCCCCAACUCCAACGUGUCCUUUGGUAACGCUAAGGAGAUGAGUGCUGCUGACAAAGCCAGACUCAACACUCUCUACAAGUGCUGUGAGUGUUCACAUGAGUACACAGUGAACAUAUAG